AUGAUCAAGUACAGCAUUGACGAGUUGAUCCAAUUGAAGCCAUCUGAGACAUUGAAGGUCUCUUUUGAUCAUGUUGAGUUUCGUAACAUCAUCGAGAAGGUUGUUGAACUACAAAAACUGAAGGAAGAAGAGUUUCACAGCCACCAUGGUAACAGAAGGAGAUCUUCCCAUCAUCACAUGAAGCCAAAGAUUAAGCACAACAAGCCUAAGGUCAAGACCGACGCCGAUGGUUGGUCUACUUUGGAACCUGCUACUGCUGGCCACGAGGAAGAGAGCAGUUCUAGCGCUACACCAGCUGCUGCUGCCACUACUAAGACCGGUGCCCCACAAGAGACCAUUAGAGUCAAGCCAAACAACAAGAAUAUAUCCAGUAGCAGACCAGCAGACAACAGUGAUAUCAUAGCGGAUAAACAGACACACGGAUUCAAUGCAUUUGCUGCUUUGGAAGAUGAAGAAGACGAGUAG